UCACCAGUAUCAAGCAUUCACUAUAAGCAGCUAUAUCUAUAUCUCUGCAUACAUAACUAAUCACUGUAAAAGCACCAAAUACACUUCAAAUAUGGAAGUGGUCUCCGGCAAUGGACAUUACAGCUGGGCCAAAGAAGUAAAGGAAUUCGAUGAAACCAAAGCCGGCGUAAAAGGACUUUUAGACGCCGGCGUGGUGAAGAUCCCCAGAUUCUUCGUCCACCCACCUGAGAGUCUUCACAGUCCAUCCCCACCUGAUAACAAGAGCAGCCUCGAACUCGAGUUCCCCACGGUAGACCUCCGAGAUAUCGAGAGUGGUGGAGAUCGGAGAAAGGAGGUGGUGGACGGGAUUCGACAGGCGGCCUCAACGUGGGGUUUCUUUCGGAUGGUGAAUCAUGGAGUGCCAACGAGCAAGAUGGAGGCUAUCUUAGAAGCUGUCCGGCGAUUCCACGAGCAACCGGUGGAGGUGAAGAGGGAGUUUUAUUCCUCUGAUAGUAGACUGAAAGUGAGGUUCAACAGCAAUGUUGCUCAACGUGAACUUGAUGCUGCAUGUUGGAGGGAUUUGUUAACUUGUGUUUAUCAUGAUGAUAUUUUGGAUCCUGAAGAAAUUCCUCUUGUCUGCAGAAAAGAAGUGCAAGAGUAUGUGGAAUGCAUGAUCAAACUGAGGGAGACACUGGCUGAGUUACUAUCAGAGGCUUUAGGGCUAAGCAGCGACUACCUAUCGCGCACAGAAUGCAUGAAAGGUGAAUCAUUGGCAUGCCUUUAUUACCCAAUAUGUCCUGAGCCACACCUGACCUUGGGCACCGUCAAGCAUUCAGACACCAGUUUUCUAACCCUACUCCUGCAAGACAACACAGGUGGUCUACAAGUUUUUCAUCAAAAUCAAUGGGUUGAUGUGUCUCCUGUCCCUGGGGCUCUAUUGGCAAACAUCGGAGAUCUCAUGCAGAUUAUUAGCAACGACAAGUUUAAAAGUGUGGAACACAGGGUGCUGGCUCAACCGGUGGGACCAAGGGUAUCAGUGGCAUGUUUCUUCAAUCCAAGUAGUAGGUUUCAGUCUAAGCCUUUCGGACCCAUAAAGGAGCUUCUGUCCGAUGGAAAACAACCCAUAUAUAGAGAUUUACUUUGCAGUGAAUACUAUCAAUAUUACAAGACCAAGGGAACAAAUGUUAUCUCAGCCCUUCCUCAUUAUAAGCUCUAGACAAGUACUUAACCAUAUAUAUAUAUAUGUUGCUGGUUAAUUACAGAAAAUCAUAAGAGUUUAAUUAAAUAAUGCUGCUCAGUUUCCAGAUGAUAAUAAUAAUUAAUAACGCUUGAAAAAGUCGUUAUAAAUGGUCUGUAAUAAAAGUACUGCUCAUUGUGACAAUGUUUGUGGCAGAUAUAUAUAUAUAUAUAUAUAUAUAUCUUUUUUUAUGUUGUAAUAAUAAUGCUGCUCAUUUUCAUCUGCAA